AUGAAGUGUAACCAUCUCCUGUCCUGGGCCUUCCUGCUUGUGGCCUCUGGGCCACUGCUGGCUCACCCCAUCACAGAAUCUGCUGAGAUGCCUUAUCCAGGACCUGUAUCAGUGGAGGACCAAGGAGUCGGACCUCUGGACGAUCUGGCUCUCACUGAGCAAACCUUCCCUUCUCAGGAUGGUGCCGGUCUCAGAUAUUCUGCUCUGAUAUCUGGAGAGAUUAACAGAGAUGGUGUCAGAACUACAGGCCUGCUUCCCAGGGGAAUGAAAAGAGAGGUCCUAUUGGAGAAACAAAGUCUCCUAAAUCCUUUCAGCCAUAUGCUGGGCAUCCGUAAGCAGUUCAGAAAGAGAGCGGGGAAUUCUGAGUGUUUCUGGAAGUACUGUGUCUAA